UUCCACCUGUGUACAUCCUCCCUACACAGCACAGCGCACAUCAUCACGGAUCUGAUUUCUGCAUUUCUCUAUUCUUAAACUUGUCACUUCUCUCUGUGCAAAGAAGAGAGAAAUAUAGUGAACAGAUAAGGAGAGUAACGAAAGUAAAGAUGAAAGGGACAAAGAGGCCGAUCCACGCUGUUGCAACAUGGGUACGAAGGCAACCACCAAAGGCCAAAGCUAUUUUAGCAGUGGUGUCUGGUAUGGCUGCUUUAGUUUUUCUUAGGAUGGUUGUUCAUGAUCACGAUAACCUUUUUGUUGCUGCUGAGGCUGUUCAUGCCGUUGGUAUCUCUGUCUUAAUUUAUAAGCUCAUGAAGGAGAAGACUUGUGCCGGGUUAUCACUGAAAUCACAGGAGCUGACAGCUAUCUUUUUAGCUGCUAGACUCUACUGCAGCUUUGUCAUGGAAUAUGACAUACACACACUACUUGAUUCGGCCACACUGCUGACAACCCUAUGGGUUAUUUAUACUAUCCGCUUCAAAUUAAGAUCCAGUUACAUGGAUGACAAAGACAACUUUGCAAUAUACUAUGUCUUGAUACCUUGUGCUGUGCUAUCUUUGAUUAUUCAUCCAACAACGCAGCAUCAUAUAUUUAAUAGGAUUUGCUGGGCUUUCUGUGUUUAUCUUGAAGCUGUUUCAGUGUUGCCUCAGCUUCGUGUCAUGCAGAACACAAAGAUUGUUGAACCCUUCACGGCACAUUAUGUAUUUGCACUUGGAGUUGCAAGGUUCUUGAGUUGUGCACAUUGGGUGCUUCAGGUACUGGAUACUCGGGGACGCCUUCUGACUGCACUGGGCUAUGGAUUAUGGCCUCCUAUGGUCCUCCUUUCAGAAAUUGUACAGACAUUCAUUCUUGCUGAUUUUUGCUACUACUAUGUCAAGAGUCUCGUAGGUGGACAGCUUGUUCUACGUCUCCCCUCAGGAGUAGUGUAAGCCAAUUUAAUGUGUAGAACAGUAAAGUGCAUCCACAGACUGGCUAAAUGUAGGGCAGUGCAGCUUCUUGCUUCUCAAGCCAUAUGGAGCACCUGGGUUAGCUUGUAUACUCACAUUCUUCUUUCCAGCCAAUUGGAGAUUAUUGUAGUAUGUGGACCGUAAAGUUGGAAGUGCAUUGGAUUUUGAUAUUAUCAUAACUUAAUAAUUUAACAGAAGUAACUUACCAUAAUCAGAGUAACACUGUAGGGGCACUAGCAUGAUUCUGCUUAUAUAGAUGUUCAUGGAUUCAGAUUGUCCUUUCUCAUCAAGCUAUUUGCUUCUAUGACAUCUCUGUACUUGAAA